AUGCCACGUGAUAAUAUUCCAAAACAAUCACUUAGAAAACUUCAACAAUUUUUCACAAAGACGCUAGAUACAAAUAAUGAUGGUCUCGUCAAUUGGACUGAUUUUGAAGCAGCUAUUGAAUCAAUCGUACCACAAGAAGAUGCAACGCGCAAUGCUCGUUUGAAAGUUUUAAGAAAACGAUUAGAACAACAUUUUCAAAAAUAUUUUUGGGAUUUAUGUGCUGUUGGUGAUGCGAAUAAAGACGGAAACAUUGAUUUAGAUGUUAUGAACGAUAUCAUUCGAGGAUUAAAAGAAAAAAAUGAAUUUCCAGAAUGGUAUGAAGGAUUACAUAAGGCGUUGUAUAGAGCAACAGAAUUUUUAGACGAACGUGCAAUAACGAAAGAUGAAUUUGCUAGUAUGCUCAUAUCAUGGGAUAUUGAGGAAGAAGCAGCUGGCAAAGCGUACGACUUUAUUACGGACAAUGGUAAAAAAACAAUGGAUUACAAUUUAUUUUCGGAAUUUAUGAAAAAAUUUUUCUUAAAUGAUACUGUGAAUCAUCCACUUAAUCUUGGCUUGGAUAAAUAA